UCAGGGCUGCCAAGCGCUUGCGAGGUAUGCUCCAUGCCAUUCGCAAAAAAGGUGCCCGCCCAUAUUGGAUCCCACCAGAAGUUCUUGGUGAAUUGAUGAGACGUCGGGACACUAAUGCCUAUAGACAAUUACAGGCGAGAAAUACAGCUGCCAGGAAAUCGACUCGAGGUACCUCCCUUCACACUGCAGGAGGCACCACCUUUCCCGAAGCGAGGUUACGCUUGAAUCAUUCACUUGGAAUACCAUCACGUAUGGAUGAGUUUUUUGAGCACACUCAUACUCGCAAAGAGGAUAGGACUCAAUGGGUUGAUAAACACUCCCAAAAGACAAAGGAUAUAUUUCAAGAGCGUAUGUUUCAGGCUGAGUAAGAAUGGCAGGCUGCUAUAGAGUCUGGUGUAACUGAUCCACCGCCUGUGUCUGAGGAAAGCAUACAGAUUGAGAC